CUGGGCUAGAGCGCCUCCCAGCGGCGGGGCUUCUGGGCGCGGUUUGGCCUGCUCGCCAUGAACAUCGACGUGGAGUUCCACAUCCGCCACAACUACCCCUGGAGCCGGCUGCCGGCUAGCGUCAAACAGGGUCUUGGAAACUCUCAGAGGGAAUAUGAAAGGCAGGUCGUACUCUACAGCAUUCGCAACCAGUUACGAUACCGGAAUAACUUAGUUAAGCACGUCAAGAAAGAUGAGCGUAAAUAUUAUGAGGAUCUGUUGAAAUACAGUCGAGAUCAUCUCAUGUUGUACCCUUACCAUUUGUCUGACAUCAUGGUGAAAGGUCUGAGGGUAACACCAUUUUCCUAUUACACAGGCAUAAUGGAGGAUAUAAUGAACAGUGAAAAAAGCUAUGAUUCACUACCCAACUUCACUGCUGCUGACUGUCUAAGACUUCUUGGUAUAGGAAGAAACCAAUAUAUAGAUCUAAUGAACCAGUGUAGGUCUUCAAAGAAAUUUUUCAGAAGGAAAACUGCUCAUGACCUGUUACCUGUGAAACCUGUGGAUAUUGCUAUAGAAGCAUGGUGGGUGGUGCAGUCUGGCUACAUCACUGAGGAUGACAUCAAGAUUUGUACUACAUCGGAGAAGUCUGCUAUUGAUAAGAUAAUUGAUUCAGGUCCUCAGCUUGCUGGUUCAUUAGACUUCAAUGUAGUUCACAGUUUAUAUAACAAAGGGUUUAUUUACCUCGAUGUACCAAUAUCUGAUGACAGCUGUAUAGCAGUGCCACCACUGGAAGGUUUUGUGAUGAACAGAGUGCAAGGUGAUUACUUUGAAACGCUCCUGUACAAGAUAUUCGUUUCAAUAGAUGAACACACUAAUGUGGCAGAGCUUGCAAAUGUCCUAGAGAUUGACUUGUCUUUAGUAAAGAAUGCUGUGUCCAUGUACUGUCGGUUAGGCUUUGCUCAUAAAAAAGGCCAAGUCAUAAACCUGGAUAAUCUUCAUCCAUCAUGGAAGAAUGUUCCUUCGAUAAACAGACUGAAGAGUACUUUGGACCCUCAAAAGAUGCUGCUUUCAUGGGACAGUGGGGAAAACAGAAGUCCUAUACAGGAAGCUGGGUCAUCAGCCACAGAUACAGAUACCAACAGUCAAGAUGAUCCAGCUGAAACAGCCAGCGUGAGCAGCCUGAAUCUGUCCGGUGGACACACGAAACGAAUUGCCUUCCUCUUUGAUUCUACUCUCACUGCCUUUUUAAUGAUGGGAAAUCUUUCACCGAACCUGAAAAGUCAUGCAGUCACUAUGUUUGAAGUUGGGAAACUGUCAGAUGAGAGUCUUGACAGCUUCUUGGUGGAGCUGGAAAAGGUUCAAAGCACAGGUGAAGGGGAAGCACAGCGGUACUUUGACCAUGCCCUUACGCUGAGAAACACAAUACUGUUCCUGAGGCACAAUAAAGACCUAGGGGCACAAGCUGUGCAGCCAGAUCAGCCAAAUAAUGGGUUUCCCUUGGACCUCUUACGAUGUGAGAGUUUGCUUGGCUUGGAUCCAGCUACCUGCAGCAGAGUUCUCAACAAAAAUUAUACCCUUCUGGUUUCCAUGGCACCACUCACCAAUGAAAUUCGACCUAUUAGCAGCUGUACACCUCAGCAUAUUGGGCCUGCAAUACCAGAAGUCAGUUCAGUUUGGUUCAAACUGUAUAUUUACCACAUAACUGGACAAGGACCACCCUCUCUGUUGCUCUCUAAAGGAACACGUCUUAGAAAACUUCCAGACAUUUUUCAGGGUUAUGAUCGCCUACUAAUAACAUCUUGGGGGCACGACCCAGGAGUCGUUCCUACUUCAAACGUGCUCACAAUGUUGAAUGAUGCUUUAACACAUUCUGCUGUUUUAAUUCAGGGGCAUGGCAUGCAUGGAAUGGGAGAAACAAUGCACAUACCUUUCCCAUUUGAUGAAGCUGAACAGCAAGGAGAGUUCUCCCGUGGGAACAUGGGCAUUCAUACAGCUUUAAAAACACUGAGAAAUAAAGUAGACUUGCAGCAUCUUUGUGGCUAUGUCACUAUGUUAAAUCCUUCAAGUCGGCAUGCAAGCAGAAAGCUGAGUGAUUCUUCUGAUGGAAGAGGUGAGGCUGAACUAGCUUCAGGAUCUGAUGUAAACGGGAGCACAGAAUCAUUUGAGAUAGUAAUAGAAGAAACCUCAAUGGAUUCUGCAGUCAAGCAAAACCUUGAAGUACCCACAACAGAACUGGAAUGGGUUCCCUUGGAAUUAUGCUUUGGUAUUCCACUCUUCAGCUCUGAGUUGAAUCAGAAGGUCUGCCGGAAAAUUGCCACCCAUGGCCUAUGUAGAAAAGAAAGCCUUCAAAAACUCUUACAUUCCAGCAGAAAGCUGUCUCUUCAGGUCCUUAAUUUUGUUCACUCAUUCCAGGAAGGUCUGUCAACACUGGAUCAGCUCCAUGAUGCUGGCUCUUCAAGUUCACUUUUGCAGCCCAUUUCUGCAGAUAUGGGUGUUCCACUUCCUGCCAAGAAUCUCAUGUUCAAAGAAGGUGUAUUGUCUGAAUGGAACGGACGCUCCCCUUCCUCAGUUUAUUUCAACCACACCUAAGGAACCAGUCAAAUAGGAAUUCCAAUGCAUUGAUCACUAAAAUGCCUUUCUUCUCUUAUGGUUAAUUCCUAGUGCCAACCACUAAGAAGUGUACUGCUGCUGCAGCAUAACCCAUAUAAAAGUAGUGUUACAAACUGUGUUGUGUUGCAGUAUUGGGGGAGCGCUUAAACCGUCUAGAACUUGUUACUCAUUACUGCAUAUCUUGCUGCAACAGAGAGCUUUUUAGCUGUCAGCACUAUUUUUAUCUUGAGACAAUCUUUCUUUUGUAACUAAACAUGCCCUUUCUAGGCUUUCUGAUGAUUGUUAAAUUUCUAUCUGUCACCACAAAAUUGCAAUAGUAGUUUUCUAUGUUCGUUACUCAGACCUAAAUUCUGUUUGGUUUUGUACUGUAUUACUGGAAACCUUUCUGCAUAAAGAGAUUUGGCUCUUCCUCUGAAAGCUCAGUGAUACCAACUGUUUAAAAAAAAAGUAUCAUGGUGAUAUUGGGGCAUUAAGAAUUGUCCAGGUCUGUAGUUCAGCUUAACAGUGGGGCCUUGUGCAAUGGAGUGAGGUUUGACGCUUACGGUUAGUGCAGACUCAAAGGCCUGGUGAUAAUUUAAGGUCACGUUUGAGGGCGAGUGGUGCACUUACAUUGCUGGCAGAAUUUGAUGGAGGAGUGGAAUUAUGGAAGGGCUAAAGUGGUUGGUUCUGUUCAAGGAGUUCUUCAUAAUAAUGGGUUUAUCUUGCUCUUUGUAACAAACCAUGAGUGUCUGAGAUUUGAUCACACUGGGAGUCAGUCCCGCGUUGGUAUUUGAAGCCAGCGAUGAUUGCUGUGGGAAAACUACUGAUGUCAUCAAUUGAGUUUGAGGUAGAUAACUGUAUCUGUCCUGUUUAAUGUUUGAAAGAACAGAGCUCUUCAUUUUUCACAUGACUGUCAUUAGGUAAGAGCAGAGGACAUGCAGGCAGAGACUGUUUUCCUUGAGCCAUCAGCUGCUGAUUUUGACAAACAUUAACAGUGAGUUGUUUAAUCUAAAAGCAUUUUCUGGCUCUGUUUGUAGGGAUGAUUUUAUGUAGUGUGAUCCCACUUUGUUUAUAUUGGGCAUUAGCCACUUUCUUUGCCAGCUUAAAAGGCUGUCUCGUUUAGUUCAUGAAGAAAACAAGAGAUGUAAAACGCUGAAGACUUCUAUCCCAGCUGUCUAAAAUACUCUGCCAACUCUCUUCUUUACUGGAACUGCCUUGGUUUAAAUAGUUGUAAUUAAAAAUCAGGCUUAACCAUCCUGUCAUUACUAGCCUACUAACAGAACAAGAAUCUGUUGUCAGCAUAGAUGAUGCUGGACAGCAGCAAGGAGAAACAUUGCAACAUUUGGUUUUGUGUCCUGUUCUGUAUGACUGGAAAAAAACCCCAAACAUAAUGGAAGUUUGAAAAGGAGAAACAUACUGUGGUAGUGAUGAGAUAAUGCAGUGGCUUCAGUUACAACUGUGAAAAUUCUAUUAAUCUCUCUUUCCCCCCCCCC